AGACAGGGACAAAAGCCAGAAAAUUAGUCAAGAAACGUAAACAGAGUUGGCAAUUAAAAUCCAUUCUUUCAAAAUAAAACCAAUUAGAAGAUGACAGAAAAGAGAGAGCCUCACUUUGUGCUGGUUCAUGGAGGUUGUCAUGGUGUAUGGUGCUGGUACAAGGUGGCAACACAGUUAAGAUCAGAGGGACACAGAGUCACUGCACUGGACUCAGCAGCUUGUGGCAUCAACCAGAAGCCGCUGCAAGAAGUCCAUUCCUAUUACGACUACUUCGAACCCCUCCUGGAGUUUCUGGCCACCUUAGCACCAGAUGAGAAGGUGGUUCUGGUGGGUCACAGCUUCGGUGGAUAUGGCUUGUCACUAGCUAUGGAAACCUUCCCUGAAAAAAUUUCUGUUGCUGUUUUCGUAACAGCUUUUAUGCCUGGUCCGGACCUUACUUAUCUUGCUAUAUCUCAUGAGAUUAAGCAAGUGUUCAAGGCAUACGGGGAUGAAAUUUUCAAAUUUGAUCAAAUCUUGGAUAAAGGCACGUACAUCUUUACACCCCAGGCGUUGGCCUCCAAACUGUAUCAACUCUCUCCAACCCAGGAUUUGACUCUAGCAACUUUGUUGGUGAGGCCACAUCCUUCAGAAACUGAUAUAAGCGCACCAGAAGUCCUGAGGGUCAGUAAAGAGAAAUACGGUUCAGUUCGUCGCGUUUAUGUUGUGGCUGACCAGGAUAUCAUACUGCCUGAAGAAAUACAAAGGUGGAUGAUUCAACUGAAUCCCCCGGAUGAGGUGAAGGUGAUCCAGGGUUCUGAUCACAUGACCAUGUUUUCUAAGCCACGGGAGCUCUGCUCUUGCCUUCUAGCAAUUGCCCAGCAACACUGCUUAUAAAUUGUGCGCCUUCUCCAUUUUACUUAUUUGUAUCUGCAAGUGAAUGAUGUCCCGAUGGCACAUGCCUAGGCCCGUUUAUGGGUGACUGAGUCUUUUAAUUAUAAUGUGCCUUUGAUUUACGUAUGAAAAAAUGAUGCACGAAAAUUUUAAUGUGACUGAAUUUUACAAUAA